AUGGCGGCCGCCUGGCCGUCCGGUCCGUCUGCUCCGGAGGCCGUGACGGCCAGACUCGUUGGUGUCCUGUGGUUCGUCUCAGUCACUACAGGACCCUGGGGGGCUGUUGCCACUUCCGCCGGGGGCGAGGAGUCGCUUAAGUGCGAGGACCUCAAAGUGGGACAAUAUCCUCUGUGGGAAACACCCCCCCGUGGAGGCGAGGUAGAGUUGGGGUCGCAGACAGGGUCUCACUCUGUCGCCCUGGCUAGAGUACAGUGGCGCGAUCUCAGCACACUGCAGCCUCCGCCUCCCGGGUUCAGUCAGUUCUCCUGCCUCAGCCUCCUGAGUAGCUGGGACUACAGGCAUGCGCCACCACACCAGGAUCCAAAAAUAAAUGACGCUACGCAAGAACCAGUUAACUGUACAAACUACACAGCUCAUGUUUCCUGUUUUCCAGCACCCAACAUAACUUGUAAGGAUUCCAGUGGCAAUGAAACACAUUUUACUGGGAACGAAGUUGGUUUUUUCAAGCCCAUAUCUUGCCGAAAUGUAAAUGGCUAUUCCUACAAAGUGGCAGUCGCAUUGUCUCUUUUUCUUGGAUGGUUGGGAGCAGAUCGAUUUUACCUUGGAUACCCUGCUUUGGGUUUGUUAAAGUUUUGCACUGUAGGAUUUUGUGGAAUUGGGAGCCUAAUUGAUUUCAUUCUUAUUUCAAUGCAGAUUGUUGGACCUUCAGAUGGAAGUAGUUACAUUAUAGAUUACUAUGGAACCAGACUUACAAGACUGAGUAUUACUAAUGAAACAUUUAGAAAAACGCAAUUAUAUCCAUAAAUAUUUUUUAAAAGAAACAAUACCGAGAGAGUCCAAAGCCUGAAUUCCCUGUAAGUGCUUCUUCUAACCUAAAGUUUGGCUCUGCCCAUAAGAAUUAUUAACUGGCCUCAGCUUUAUCUUUUUCUUUUUUUUUUUGAGACGGAGUCUUGCUCUGUCGCCCAGGCUGGAGUGCAGUGGCUCAAUCUUGGCUCACUGCAACGUCUGCCUCCCAGGUUCAAGCGAUUCUCGUGCUUCAGCCUCCCCAGUAGCUGGGACUACAGGCACACACCACCAUGCCCGGGUAACUUGUAUUUUUAGUAGAGACGGGGUUUCGCCAUUUUAGUCAGGCUAGUCUCGAACUCUUCAGGUGAUCCACCCGCCUCGGCCUCCCAGAGUGCUGGAAUUACAGGUGUGAGCCACUGUGCCUGGCUGGCCUCAGCUUUAAAUAAGUGAUAAACCUGCUGAAGUCAGAGAUACCAUCCUUUUUUCCUGGUUCAACUGUCUGGUUUUCUAGGACUCUGCUACUACAAGGUUUUUUUAAUUUCAAUUACCAUACAUUAGUCUAUUCUAAUAAUCUUCCAAUAAUGCAAACUUUUACUCAGGAUUUUGGUAGAAUAUCAGGAAAACCAUUUCCUGGUAUAAUUAUUCUCUGUAAUAGAGAAAUCCUAUAUAUCAUGUAGGGUGAAGUAGCUUUUAUGUAAUAGUUCACUUUGAACUGUCUAGCAGCUGUCUAGCAGCUUUCAUAGACACGGACAGGCAGAGAGAAAGGGUAGAUGUCUUAACCAUUAUCCUUGUUCUAGGGUUUUCAGUCAACUCUAUCUUAAAAGACUGCUUCUAGAGGCCAGCAAGAGAAUAGACAUUUGUUUUCUGUCUUGUAGAACAGAAACAGGAUAUGAAGUAUACUUUUGCCCUUUAGGUGGAUUUUUUUCUUUUCUAACAGUAAAAUUACGGAUAUGCCUUGUAGUUAUUGUCAUGGAAUUGAACAGUGACACACCCUCAAGAUGUGAGGAAUUUAUUCAACUGAUUGUCCAAAAGGUUUUCCAAAUCUUAUAAACUGUAAGUCAUUGAGCCUUAAAAUUAGAAUAAAGCUUAGAGAUCCAUCUACCUCUUCUUACCAGGAAAAAAAUCGAGAGCUAAGGAAGUUGAGACUAAGACACACAACUAAUUAGUGCAAAGCUGAAACUAGAAUCUAGGUUUUCCAUACAUUCUGUUACAUGGUUGUUCUCUUCCUCCCGUCCUACCCCAGCUCCAGUCAACUGUAUCAUUUUGUAUUAGGCAUUUUUGUUUUGGAAAUUGUUUCUCCUAUUUUAUGAGAAGGAUUGUGUAGUUUCAUGUAACUUGUAUUAUUCAUACUGUAAAUUGUGUCUCUUUCAAAAGUAGAUUGUUUCUAAACCAUAGUGUGUAAAAAUUAAGCAAAUGUAAUUUUAAGAGGAAUCUUAUUCUUGGUAGCCUAUUAUGUAAGCAUUUAGGUGGGAUUCCGGAUUCAGAUUUGAAACUUAAAACCUGAAAGGCCCAUUGAGAAGGCCAGUAUCUGCAUUAUCAUUCAUGUAAUCUCUCUACAUUAUACAGAAGUGCUCCAAGAGUGAGAAAAAAAUACAUUGAGCAAAUGAAAUGUUAAAAUGUACAUCUGCAAUAACCUCAUUGGACUCUUAAAAAAUAUUGUGUUUUAACGUAUUUCUUUUUUCUGUUUUAGGAUUUGAGCCUCCUUGAUUUUAAUAGAGAACUUCUAGUGUAUGGAUUUAGAGAUUUCUCUUUUUCAUUCAUAUACCAUUUUAUGAGUUCUGUGUAAUUUUUUGUGGUUUUUGUUGUGUUGAUUUAAAGUAUAUUAUUGUGAGAUUUAUUUAAAAGGACUUUCUUUGAAAGCUGUGUAAUAGUGUUUCUCGGGCUUCUGUCUCCAUGAGAGGUAGCUUAUUACUCUGAUACUCUUUAAUCUUUUACAAAGGCAAGUUGCCACUCGUCAUUUUUGUUUCUGAAAAAUAAAAGUAUAACUUAUUCACA